GAGGUGAGGGUGGGGGUCAGGGUGGAGGUCAGGGUGGAGGUCAGGGUGGAGGUCAGGGUGGGCUGGAGUUUCUAGAAGAGAACGGGAACCUCUGGUCCCAGCGGCAGGUUGAAGCCUGUGGCUACUUCCCCCAAACAGACGGUCUGAUCAACACUUCCUGACCAGCGUAACCGAUGGCGAUGGGUCUAGCUCUGUGGAAGUCUGUCCGGAAGAAACACUGUGUGUUUUCAUAUUCACGUCAAGAGUUCAAAUCCAAACCACUGAAUGUAUUUGUGGGUUUUACUGAAAGGAAGAACAGGCAUGAAUGAAUAAGUGGGUCAGUGAGAGUGAUAUUGUCGAGUGAUACUGUUGUGCCCCAUCUGUGCUGUGAGGCGUGUGCAAGUACGGUAAACAGAAAGUGUCUCGGGAGUCAGGUGGCUGAGUGGUUAGGGAAUUGGGCUAGUAAUCUGAAGGUUGCCAGUUCGAUUCCCGGCCGUGCAAAGUGACGUUGUGUCCUUGGGCAAGGCACUUCACCCUACUUGCCUCGGGGGGAAUGUCCCUGUACUUACUGUAAGUCGCUCUGGAUAAGAGCGUCUGCUAAAUGACUAAAUGUAAAUGUCUCAGUAGUGAACCAAGAUUGAGGCUCCUCUGUUCUGCUGGGAGCCAAGACAGGCAUGCCUGCUGUGAGAAGCCUUUGUUGACACUGAGAGAAGCUUCUCACUUCCUCUUUAAAACGUUAGGGGUCUGACAUCUUGGUUCAGACGUCUGCUGAUUUGGACAGGAGCACAAACGACUGCUGUGGGCUGUGUUUAAAACACUGUUUAGAAGGCUUUAGGUGUCAUCCUAAACUGUUAAAAGGACUUGAUGUGUAAAAUUCAUAACCAGCAAGGUGGCAGGACUGAGGGGAAGCACCCGCUGUUUCCUCCUUACGUGGGACGUGAGUGUGUGUGUGUGUGUGUGUGUGUGUGUGUGUGUGUGGGGGAGGUUAUGUGUGUGUGUGUGGGGGGGAAGGUGUGUGUGUAGCCUUUGUAUGUAUGUGUGUUCAGUUAAAUGAUUAAACUGUCGUAGCCUCAGUUUCCAUGUACAGUUGGUAUUACUCGAAAUUCGAAACUUUCUGAAACUUGUUUUAGGCCAUGCCUACGCUUAGUAAUCACAACAACCGAACUAACCUUGAUUGGUGUUUUCAUCACACUUAUUAAUGGUUACAGGUAGCAGAGAUGGCAAGGAUACACAAAUAUUUCACUCAAGUAGAAGUAAAUUACUGAUACCAAAAAAUCUUCUUAAUAAGUACAGUGAUAAAAUAUUUGUACUUCAUUACUUCCCAUCUCUGCAACAGUGUAACAAGUGUAAUGACAGUAUAAAAACAGCAACAGUGUAAUAACAACAUAAUAAACGUGUAAUAACUGAGUAAAAACAAGUGUCAAGGGUGUAUUAACAUAAUAACGGUGUAACAACAGUGUAACAAUAGAACAGUGUAAUGAGUGUAAAAACAGUGUAACAGUGUAAUAACAUAAUAAACGUGUAAUGCCAGAGUAAAAAACUGUAAACGGUGUAAUAACAAUGUACAAACAGUGUAAAAACAUAACAGUAGGCCCAGAACUACAGUGUAAUAAUGUAAAAAUUAGUGUAAUUAGUGUAAUAACAUAAUAACAAUGUAACUGUAGAAACAGCUGAUUACACUUUUUCACUCAAAGUAAAGAAAUGUGGGCUCUUACAUAUACUUAAAUAAAAAGUAACCAUUACUACUACCUGUUUUAGUGUCACUGGAUUUGGUCACAAAUGUCAUCUUGCACAUAGUGCACUCCUCCAGUCGAAACCAUGCGGGUGCGAGCUGUCACCUCAGCCACACACGCGAGCUGAGCGGUGCUGGGCGGACUUCAAGAGAAACGGACAGCGAUGUGGAAACGGAAGGUUUUAAUGUGAUAUUUUUAAGCCUGUCCAAUGUUAUCGUGGUGACGAUAAGCGAAAACUAUGGCGCGAUAAUUGCAUGAGAGCCUGAGUGCUCCAGGGUGCCCACCAGAGCUGAAAUGUGUCGCCUGACCUGGGCACGGUUAUUACCCGUUCUCCUGAUGUUGGGGGUUCAUUUUGGAGUCUGUUUAGGCAGGAAGCCGUGCGUGGCGUUCUCCAGCGCCCCCACCACGCUGCCUCGGGGGUCCAGCUUCCAGGUGUUCUGCACCUUUCCUCCGGGCUGCAGCCCCAUGAGGAUGCAGGACCAGGCCCCGGCGCAGCACAACGCCACUACCCUGGUCCUGAACGUGACGAGGAUCCAGAGGGACAGCAUCUACAGCUGCCGCUGUGGGAACAUGCUGGAGCCCUGCGGCCUGGACGUGUACACCGGGUACCCACCAGCCGUUCCUGAGGAGCUGAGCUGCUUCCAGGACGGGCCUGGAGGAGAGGUGUGGUGUUCCUGGAAGAGAGGAAGAGAAACGCAUCUCCUGACCAACUGGAUGCUGUGGGUGAGGCGUGGAUCUGGCGUCCCCGUGGUAUCCUACCGAGGCAAUGGGUCUGGUUCUGCCUGGGUCCCUGAGCCUGGCCCGGACAGCUCUGUGUUCUCAGUGUGGGUCAACGCCUCCAACAAGCUGGGAUCCAACCUGUCCACAACCCUCAACUUCACCUUGAGGGACAUCGUGAGACCCCGCCCCCCUGUCCUCAGCGCUGCAGACUGCUCCUCCAGAAGCUGUGUGCUGAGGCUGGAGGGCUCGCGGGCAGAGAUGCAGGCUCAGUACCGAACAGCAGGCCAGCGCUGGACCCCCUGCCCCCUCUCUGGAAGGGUUCCCCAGGGAAAGGGGUGUACUAGACCACAGCCCUGCACCUCUCUGCAGCCCUACAGGUUGGAUGACCUGCAGCCCUACCAACGUUAUGACUUCCGGGUCAGAAUCAGGUUCAGGACUGUCUUCUGGAGUGAGUGGAGCGAUCCGAUCUCCAACACCACAGAUGAUGACGUUCCUGUCAAAGCUGUGGAUGCGUGGUACACACUGGACGACCAGUCCCUCCAUAUACACUGGAAGAGGCUGAGUGACCAGGAAGCCAGUGGGAGGGUCCUGUUCUACGAGGUCAUAGUUCGCGACCAGAAGUUUUCUACCAACCCUUCCACCAAUCAUCUGUCAGUCCAGCGGAACUGCUUCCUUUCUGCCUGUGAGGUGACGGUCGUUGCUGGGAAUUCCAGGGGGCGUUCCCCACCUGCUUCCCUCUCCAUCAGAACUGCUGCAGCCCCGCCCCCUCAGGAUGUGUCGUGGCGGGUGGUGAGCAACUCCAGCGUCGCCCUCUUCUGGCGGAGGCCUGGCGGUGCAGGGGAGGUGCAGGGUUACCUGGUGGAGUGGUACCCUGCAGGAAGGAGGACCACGGAUCUCAACUGGGUCAGACUGACCCCUGAACACAACCACACCACACUCACAGACAUCCGCCCGUACGGGUGCUACUCAGGAGCGGUGCUUGUGGAGUACGCAGGGUCGCCGGGCAAGGCAGGGUCGCUGGGCAGGGCGGGAUUUGAAGCUGUCCACACCUGGGAGAAAGUGCCGACAGCAGGCCCCAGUUUCAGAGAGCGUGUGGAGAGUGCCAAGGUGACCCUGAGUUUCCUGGGGAUGCCUGACGGGCACAGUCAGGGGUGUGUCCUCCACUACAACGCCUGCGUGUCUCCAUCCAGAGAGAAACAGAAGAUUGUUUGCAGUGUUAUCCCGGCGUGGAAGCAGCAGCACAGCCUGGACCUGCCCCCUGGACACACACUCUGGCUGACCGCCAGCACGGCCGCGGGGGAGGGGCCUCGGAGCAAGCCCAUCAUCAACAGGCAGCACGAGAACCAGAACCCGUCUCCAGGGACCAUCGUGCUGCUGGUCUGUCUCAUCACCGCGGUCGUCAUGGUGAUGAUGUGUCUGUGGCACUGCUCGGCUGUUCAGCAGAGGGUGUAUCUCCUCUUCAACUGCCUCAUGUUAGAUAUUGUUCCAGAUCCCGCUAACAGCAAAUGGGCAAAGGAGUGUGCCAAAAAGAAGGGGGAGCUGUUUGUGCAGGUGCCCCUGAGAGACUCCGACCUGAGCCAGGAGCCGGCCAGCGUGGAGGUUCAGCUGCCGGAGGACUGGGGAGGAGGGAGCUCUGACCCGGGCACCAUCACCUCCGCCCCUCCGGGAGACAACACCUCCGAGCUCCCACCCCAGACGGCCCACCACCAGACCUCCUACCUCAAGAGCUUCUCCCAGCAGUCGGACGCCUCGGACCAGACGCAGGCGUCUCAGGACACGGCCGUGGUGUACGUCUCCGGCCUCGGGAACGAGGAGGAGGAGGAAGAGGAGGAAGAGGAGGAAGCGUUCUUCCCCUCCGCGCUCAGCUCCUUCAUGGGAAUCUCGAUGGGGGGGAAACUGACCCUGGACGCCGUGAGGAUCGACUGCAGCGACUUCCUGGAGUGACGAGCUCUCUCACACAGCAUUCAUGUAGCAGGUGCUUGUACCCAGACGUACGCGGGGAGAUUCGAACCUGCAACCUCUUCGGUCUGAUGACUAAAAGCUCUAAACGCUGAGCUACACCCGAAUCCUCUGCUGACAUUACCUCAAGACACACAGACCUCCCCGCGCGGACACCAGGCGCCCAUGAAGACCACGGCAAAGAAGGACUACCAUGCACAAAUGAAUCGACCGUCUUUAUUUACCGACAGAGGUCUAGAAUAGCAGGACUGGAAUUCACACACUUGUAGAACCUGUGACUGCUCCACACAUUGGAUCAGGUAUUAGUUUCAGAGUGACUAUGCUGUGGUGUCCCUGUGGGAGGGGGAGGUUAUUAGUCUCAGUACAUGGGUGGAGUAACGAGUAAAGUCUGGUGGGGGGGGCUCCAAAGAACUGGGGGGUGAAGGGUGCCAUGGUUACUAUUACUGUACAGCGCCAGUUAAAGAGCUGUGUUUGUAAAGAGCUGUGUUUGGAUUAGAAAGACAGGAUUUGUCCGUAAUCGCAGUCGCAGUCAUGUGGACACGCCCCCUCUCCCCUCAAACCCUCCAGUCCUUGGAAAGCCUCGUUCAGCUAACAGAACUGAAGCUGUAACAGAAGUGCAAUCGCUGGAUUAUAGCUUUAAACCCACCUGCACCCUCCCACAGAUCCCUCACCAAGGGAAGAGUUUACCAGGCCUAGAUUAAGAGGUAUAGACCACACUUAAAAAAAGAAAACCCAUAUCUAAAUUCCUUAACCUGAACUAAAGCAGUAACAUAUUCAGAAACCCCCAGGUCUUGAGCUGUGCAGCGCCUGGUUACAGCGCCUGGUUACAGCAUCGGAUCUCUGAGCAAGCCAAGGGGACACCACAAGCUAAAGAAUACUUUUCUCAUACUUAUAUUUGGAAAUGCAUAUUUUCAAGCAGCAAUACAAAAAAGUAUUCAUGAAG